AUGGCACUCCCGCCACACAUCCCUGGUCCUGACUGUCUUCGCCCAUUCACUCGCGAGUCCCUUGCAGCAAUAGAGAAGCGGAUUGCUGAGCAGGAAGAAAAGAAACUGAAGCACCAUGAGGAGAUCCAUGAGGAAAUAGUACCACGCAAACCCCGCAGUGACCUGGAGCAAGGGAGAAACCUUCCACUCAUUUAUGGGGACCCUCCACCAGAACUCCUCGGGGUAGCCCUGGAAGACUUGGACCCAUUCUACAAUGAUCAGAAAACAUACAUCCUUCUCAGCAAGGGAAAGGCCAUUUUCCGGUUCAGUGCCACCCCUGCACUUUAUAUGUUGGAUCCUUUUCACCCUAUCCGGAGGGGUGCCAUUCAAGUGCUUAUACAUUCAUUAUUCAGCAUGUUUAUCAUGAUAACCAUCUUAACCAACUGUGUCUUCAUGGCUAUGAGUGACCCACCACCAUGGGCCAAGAAUGUGGAAUACACUUUUACUGGCAUUUAUACCUUUGAGUCUAUGAUCAAGAUACUCGCCCGGGGAUUCUGCAUUGACAACUUUACAUUCCUGCGAGAUCCAUGGAACUGGUUGGAUUUCAGUGUCAUCGUUAUGGCUUAUCUUACAGAAUUUGUAGAUUUGGGCAACGUCUCUGCUCUACGGACGUUCCGUGUUCUCAGAGCACUUAAAACCAUUACUGUCAUUCCAGGGCUAAAAACUAUUGUGGGUGCCUUGAUCCAGUCUGUGAAGAAGCUCUCUGAUGUCAUGAUCCUCACAGUGUUCUGCUUGGCUGUCUUUGCUCUCAUUGGGUUGCAACUUUUCAUGGGGAACCUGCGGCAAAAGUGUGUCCGGUGGCCACCGUUUACCAAUGACACACUGCAAGAAGUUGCCUUUGGGCUAGAUAGUGAUCCUUUUGGCAACACUACUCUGUAUGGCAAUAGCACUGGAUAUGAUGGCGACACCAUUCUGAGUAGCAAUGAGACCUUUGACUGGGAUGAAUAUAUCCACAAUGAAGAGAAUUUCUAUUUCCUCGAUGGUGCACUUGAUGCUCUGCUCUGUGGGAACAGCUCAGAUGCUGGAAAAUGUCCAGAGGGGUAUCUUUGCAUGAAAGCUGGCCGGAACCCAAACUAUGGCUACACAAGCUAUGACACUUUCAGCUGGGCCUUUCUUGCUCUCUUCCGCCUCAUGACUCAGGACUAUUGGGAGAACCUUUUCCAACUGACUCUGCGAGCAGCUGGAAAAACAUAUAUGAUUUUUUUUGUCGUGAUCAUAUUCUUGGGCUCCUUCUAUCUCAUUAACCUGAUCCUGGCUGUGGUAGCAAUGGCCUAUGCUGAUCAGAAUGAACAAACAUUGCUGGAGGAACAAGAGAAAGAGGCGGAAUUCCAGCAGAUGUUGGAACAGCUGAAGAAGCAUCAGGAAGAACAACAAAGGCUGCUUCAGGAGCAGGCAGCAAACAGCAGCUCUGCAGAGAGUAUUAUAGUGGAGAAGAAGGGAGAGUCAGAUCAAGAUGGGCACAGUGAUCAAGAUGGGCCAAAAGACUGCAAUGGGCAGGUCGUCCCACGCUUGGUGCUGGAGCGGUCAGCCACAGUGGAUGAGUCAGAUCCAAUGGAGGGACAUGAGAAGUCUGAUCAGAACCACCUACAGGUGACAGGUCUGGAGAAGCGAGCCCAGAGUGCCCUCAGUGUAGUCUCCAAUACCCUGGAAGAACUGGAAGAAGCACAUCAAAAGUGUCCACCAUGGUGGUACAAGUUUGCUCACACCUUCCUUAUAUGGAACUGUUGUCCACCGUGGAUAAAGCUGAAAGAGUUUCUGAAGCUCAUUGUCAUGGACCCCUUUGUUGAUUUGGGGAUCACCAUCUGCAUUGUUCUCAACACAGUUUUCAUGGCCAUGGAACACUACCCAAUGACUGAAGAAUUCAACAAUGUAUUGACUGUGGGCAAUCUGGUCUUCACAGGGAUAUUCACAGCUGAGAUGGUGCUAAAAUUGAUUGCUCUUGACCCUUAUGAAUACUUCCAGGUGGGAUGGAAUAUCUUUGACAGCAUCAUUGUCACCCUCAGCUUGGUUGAGCUUGGCCUUGCCAAUGUCCAGGGUUUGUCUGUUCUACGUUCUUUCCGUCUGAUGAGGGUUUUCAAGCUUGCCAAAUCCUGGCCAACUCUCAACAUGCUGAUCAAGAUCAUAGGCAACUCAGUGGGUGCCCUGGGCAACCUUACUCUGGUGCUGGCCAUCAUCGUUUUCAUCUUUGCUGUAGUGGGCAUGCAGCUAUUUGGAAAAAGCUACAUGGAGUGUGUCUGCAAGAUUUCCUCCGAUUGUGAGCUGCCGCGCUGGCACAUGCAUGACUUCUUCCACGCCUUCCUUAUUGUCUUCCGCAUCCUCUGUGGGGAAUGGAUUGAGACCAUGUGGGACUGCAUGGAAGUGGCUGGACAGACUUUGUGCCUCAUUGUCUUCAUGAUGGUCAUGGUCAUUGGGAACUUAGUGGUCCUGAACCUUUUCUUGGCUUUGCUGCUGAGCUCCUUCAGCGCUGAUAGUCUGGCAGCAUCCGAUGAUGAUGGCGAGAUGAACAAUUUGCAGAUUGCUAUUGGCAGAAUCACACGAGGGAUUGACUAUGUAAAGAAGCAUGUCCUUCUGCUGCUUCACAGGGAACUGAAAGAGAAGACAGAGCCACCAACUGAAGACCAGGAUGACAACAAGAAGGAAAAUUUUGUUCUCAACCAUAUGAACACAGGCCAGGACUUCAAAUCAGAAUUCAUGGAUGGCAUAUCCAAAAAAGAAGGCCAGGAUUUCAAGUCAGACUAUAUGGAUGGCAUAUCCAAAAAAGAAGGCCAGGACUUCAGAUCAGUAUAUAUGGAUGGGAUACGCAGAAAAGAGACAUUCAUUGAUGAACUGGAACAAAUGAACUUCAUUAACAAUCCUAAUUUGACCAUACAUGUCCCAAUAGCCUCCGAGGAAUCUGAUCUUUAUGAUGAAACUGACACCGGUGAAGAGACUGCAGAAGAAACCAAAGACAUCAAGAAGCCGCUACCAGAUGGAACUGAAUCUUCCAUAUGCAGCACUGUUGAUUACAAGCCCCCAGAUCCUGAGGAGGAGGAGGAGGUGGCUGAGGAGGCUGUGCAGGAAGAAGGGCCAGAGGAAUGCUUCACUGAAGCCUGCGUUGGGAGAUGUCCUUGUCUGUAUGUUGAUAUCAAAACAGAAAAAGGAAAGAAGUGGUGGAAUCUUCGGAAGACAUGCUUCAAGAUUGUGGAGCACAACUGGUUUGAGAGUUUCAUCAUCUUCAUGAUCCUCCUCAGCAGUGGAGCCCUGGCUUUUGAAGACAUUUACAUAGGGCAACGACAGACAAUCCGCAUCAUCUUGGAAUAUGCUGACAAAGUCUUUUCGUAUGUUUUUGUUAUUGAAAUGCUGCUGAAAUGGGUGGCCUAUGGAUUCAAGGUCUACUUCACCAAUGCCUGGUGCUGGCUUGAUUUCCUUAUUGUUGAUGUCUCCCUCAUUAGUCUGACAGCAAACUGGUUAGGCUAUUCAGAACUGGGACCCAUCAAAUCUCUAAGGACACUCCGAGCACUGAGACCUCUUCGGGCCCUGUCCAGAUUUGAAGGCAUGCGGGUGGUUGUAAAUGCCCUUCUAGGGGCCAUUCCAUCCAUUAUGAAUGUCCUCUUGGUCUGCCUGAUCUUCUGGCUCAUCUUCAGCAUCAUGGGGGUCAACCUCUUUGCAGGGAAAUAUUACCGUUGUGUCAAUACUACCACGGGUGACCUCUUUGAUAUCAGUGAAGUGAACAACAAGAGUGACUGCAUGAACCUCCUUAACAUAGGAAAUGUCACAGAUGUCCGUUGGGUCAACGUCAAGGUCAAUUUUGACAACGUGGGCCUAGGCUAUCUCUCACUUUUGCAAGUGGCCACCUUCAAGGGCUGGAUGGACAUCAUGUAUGCAGCUGUUGACUCCCGUGAGAUGGAGGAACAACCUCAGUAUGAAGUGAAUCUCUACAUGUAUCUCUAUUUUGUCAUCUUUAUCAUCUUUGGGGCUUUCUUCACUCUUAAUCUUUUUAUUGGUGUCAUCAUCGACAAUUUCAACCAGCAGAAGAAAAAGUUUGGAGGAAAGGACAUCUUCAUGACAGAAGAGCAAAAGAAAUACUACAAUGCUAUGAAGAAACUGGGUUCAAAAAAGCCGGUGAAACCCAUUCCAAGACCCCAGAACAAAUAUCAAGGGAUGAUCUUUGACUUUGUGACCCAGCAAGCUUUUGAUAUAGUCAUCAUGAUCCUCAUUUGUCUUAACAUGGUGACGAUGAUGGUGGAAACAGAUGACCAAAGUGAAACCAAAAUAAACAUCCUCUUCCAAAUCAACCUGAUCUUCAUUGUCGUCUUCACAGCUGAGUGCUUCCUCAAGAUGAUUGCCCUGCGGUACUACUUCUUCACUAUUGGCUGGAACAUCUUUGACUUUGUUGUAGUCAUUCUUUCCAUUGUAGGACUUGUUCUCUCAGACAUCAUUGAGAAGUACUUUGUGUCACCUACCCUCUUCAGGGUAAUCCGUCUGGCUAGAAUUGGGCGUGUUCUCCGGCUGAUCCGAGGAGCAAAAGGCAUCCGGACGCUUCUCUUUGCCUUGAUGAUGUCCCUGCCAGCACUUUUCAACAUUGGCCUUCUGCUCUUCCUGGUCAUGUUCAUUUAUUCCAUUUUUGGGAUGUCAAACUUUGCUUAUGUCAAGAAGGAAUCUGGCGUUGAUGACAUCUUUAAUUUUGAGACUUUUGGCAAUAGCAUCAUCUGCCUUUUCCAGAUCACCACAUCAGCUGGUUGGGAUGGCUUAUUGAAUCCCAUCCUGAAUAGUGGUCCCCCAGACUGUGAUCCUCAUCUGGAGAACCCUGGCAGUGACGUGAAGGGAGACUGUGGCAAUCCUGGCAUGGGGAUCUGCUUUUUCUGCAGCUACAUCAUUGUUUCCUUCUUGAUUGUGGUCAACAUGUACAUUGCUAUCAUCCUGGAGAACUUCAAUGUAGCCACAGAGGAGAGUGCUGAGCCUCUGUGUGAAGAUGACUUUGAAAUGUUCUAUGAGACAUGGGAGAAGUUUGACCCUGAUGCCACACAGUUCAUUGAUUAUAGCACACUCUCUGACUUUGCAGACACUUUGCAAGAACCUCUGCGAAUUGCUAAACCGAACAAGAUCAAGUUGAUCACAAUGGACUUACCCAUGGUUCCUGGGGAUAAGAUACAUUGUUUGGAUAUCCUCUUUGCACUUACCAAAGAAGUGCUGGGGGACUCUGGUGAAAUGGAUGCUCUGAAGGAAUCAAUGGAGGAGAAAUUCAUGGCUAACAAUCCCUCAAAGGUGUCUUAUGAACCAAUUACCACCACGCUGAAAAGGAAGCAUGAGGAAGUGUGUGCCAUCAAAAUCCAACGGGCAUUCCGACGAUAUCUACUAAAGCGGUCAGUGAAGCAGGCCUCUUACAUAUACAGACAUAGUCAAGAUGAAGAUACCUUGGCAGAAGGGGCCCCAGAGAAAGAAGGAUUGAUUGCAAAUCGAAUGAAUGCACUCUAUGGAUCUUCAGACAUGCAAAUAGAAAGUGAAACAUCUCCAGAAGCACCUCCACCUAUUGAACUUGAGCCUAUCACCAGUCCAGAGACUACACAAGAUGCUGGUGAAUCCAAAGAGAAAGAAGAGGAACCUAAAAAAACAACAGAAGAUGAUCCCAGCAAAACUAAAGAAUCAAAGGCCACCAAACGUGAUGUAAAAGAGUCAUUUGUAUAAUGCAGGGCACUUCUGGCCAACAAUUGAUUGACUCUGGUUCCAAAAAGACUCCUCUUACAUCUCUCUCACAAGGGCCCUUCCAUAUCUUGUUGCUAUCAUGAGCUGUGUUCUCUUAACAGAGUUCAACAUCUUAACUUUGGAAGUAGAGCCUCUUCUGGUUUCUAGUAUUUCAAAUUCACCACAAUGUAGAAAGAUUAUUUUUCUUAUGAGAUGAGUAUGAAUUAUCUCUAUUGCUGGUGACAAGAAAAUGAAUUUUAUUUUUAUUUUAGCUGAUGUCUAACUUAGCAUGUCCCUGGGCCAGUUCUGAGGUUAAUUCUUUCCUAUUAGAGUUUUCAAGAGGUUUUGGAAGAAGAUGUAGAAGAGAGGGAAAUGGCCAAAGCUAUGAGUCUUGAUCAUUGCUGUGGAGUUCCAAGCUAUACAUGGAAAUAGAAGAUCAUGUCUGAGGAGCCUAACUGGAGUUGUGUAUAUUGUACAGUUAAAGAACAACUUUUAACGCAUACAAAAACCAGAUAGUGUGGCCUGAGUCAAUUGUGCAAAUUUUCCUGUGGCUGCAUAUCUUGCAUAAUUUAUUCUGCUAGUCAUGGGAACAAAGAGCUUUAUAGGAUACUGAAGCCUUGCCUUUAUAUAAGUAGACAUUGUGUACUAUAAAUGUCUGCAACACACACAGCUUCUGAGAUUUCAUCAACUUUGCUUACACAUUUUUUGAACUUUAAGGACUAGAAUUAUCCUUACUUUAUCAAAGAAAGCUCAAUUAUUAAAGUUGUUGAAUUCAGUGCCCAUUGCUCAGGUCUGCAGUUUUGUAGAAACUGCACUUGACCAUGGAAAGCAGAAUACUCAGAAUCCUAGCCACUAGAAUCUUGUCGGACAUACUUUGGAAUAGGAUGAAAAUGUUGCCUUCAGCCAUUUUCUUUUGUUUUCUAUAUGUGUCUUGAAAACCCUAGCAGUGAAAAAUGCCACUUGCAUUGGUUCUCAGACACUAGCAGCUGGAUACAGCUCUCUGCCUGACUUUCAAAAAUGUAGUUCCUAAUAUUGUUUCUGGUUAACGGACUGGUACACUUUGGCUCAGGAUUCUUUCCAGCAUGUAAAGGCAAGGUGAAGAUUAAUAUUGAAAUAACGGGGUGUUUUCCCAAACACAAACUGCGAAGUCUUAAAAACUAGUUCUAACUUGUACCUUUUGGGUAUUUGAAUGGUCUUAAACAAUUUUUAUUAGAAAAGGUUUAAAGUACAAUUCAGUCUUAACCAUUUGGACACUAUUUGAAGUUUCUUAUAAAGAAAAAAGAGCAAAAGCAUUGAAUUAAUCAGUUCUCAGGGUUUACUGUCAGCUUUGAAAUGUUUCUGAGUUAAUUCUCAACUCCACUAACAUCUAUGAAUACAAACUGCACUUUUUCUGUAUCUGCCAUGUUGGUAUUUUCUUCUUUAAAGCCAUGUCACAGCGCUGGUUUAGAAUAUUGUAUGUGCUAUGUUCUCAUCUCCCAUAAUCCAGAAAUUCUCAGCCCAUAGAGUGAGGAGGGAUGGCAUAGACGCCUGGAUGUCGCACAGUUCUUAUGCGCAAUGAGAAAAGUGGUGUUCCAGACAAAAGAACACAAUUCCUACGCUGGUGUGGUGCACCACAAAACCUGAAAGGCAGGAACCUGCCAUCUGGAUAUUACAAUAAGAUGUUUUCUUAACCACCCAACUGAAAUUAAUAGUUUCUCGGCAAAAACAAAGUAGUCUUGUGUAACUCCAUUUGUUUCAGUUGCACUUGUACAAGAUGUUCCCAGCUGUUUGUGCUCUCAGCCAUCUGUAAUGAAAUUAAGAAAACAACGGAUAAACAUGAUGUGUUAAAAACAGGGCCUACUCUUAGUUGUCUUUGUCCCUCACCAUCACCACUGGUAGCAGGUAAUUUUGACAAGGUCUAUGGCAUCUUUGCCCAGUUUAUCCCACCCUAUCUCUGGGGCAGCUAUUCUUGCCUACUGAGUAUUAUUUAUACAGAGUGGGAAGGUUAUUUGCAUACUAACAAAAAGCAUGCAAAUCAGCUAAUCCUUCCAGCUCCUAGAGAAGGUUUCCUGAGCAAUUUCAGAUUAAACCUGCAAGUGACAAAUCAUACCAGAGAUGGACAAUUCAAAGGCACUAGAAACCGAUUUGUCAUUGUAAGGGCAAGAUAUCUGGUCUGAUGUUCUUGAAGCAUUUCUAUAGCUAAAUAGUGGGUGUAUGUAAUUAGAUAUGCAUAGUUAGAGUGCCCAUAUAGUUGUGAAGUCAAACCUACCCUGUUUUGUUGAUAUCUACAAGAUAUAACUCAAGAGGUAUUGGUUUUGCCAUUUCUACUGGAACCCAUUAUGCACAGCACUGCUUCUUUGCCGUAGCUGUAGCAUUGCAAAACCACCUCUUGACGUCUCUAGAGUAGAUUGUAAAAAUGGAAAUCGAUUUAAUUAUAGAAAGUAUAUGCUACCAUUUAACCAAAUAAACUUGCAAGGUGCCUGAAACAUGAAAGAAAGGAAAACAGGAAAAUCACAUCUGGACUGAGAGGGAAUUUCAUGCGUCAUUUGAGAAGACUGGAACAGAGGGAAAUCUGAGCUUGCCCUCUGAAAGGAAAAAUAUACAAACUACCAUUUGUAUGUACAUUUAUAGACAAUUGAAAUGUGGUACACAAACCAGGAGCACAUAGAAAACCUUAUAGGCUUCCUCUUUUGAGAUUAUGCCUAUACUGUCAAUUAAUUCCUACUAUCACCCCAUACAGCUAGUUUGUGUCCAUUCAGUGUAAGAGCUCUCCUUCAGAAAACUAAUUUUGCUCAUUGGUUGUAUUUGCAGAAUCAGGGGCCCUGUCCUAAUUUCUUACCUGACAAUUUGUGAGCUGAUCACAGACAUCAAAUAUAGGUUCCGGCUCAAAGUCAACAAUGCGAAAUAUAUGCCCUUGCUUUCUUGAUGAUGCUGGAUUUUGGUUCCCAUCACUCUUCACCUGUUUGUCUGUGCUAUUUAAGACUAAUGCAGUUCCACAGAUUCUGGAGCACCAUACUUUGCCAACCCCUAACCUAAGAGCGCAUGUUCUAUCAGUCAAGUCUUAAUCUCUCCAAGUCUCUCCAAUCGAACAAUAUCCAUAAUCCAGGCUAUGGUUUUAAAACCUGAGAAUGAAAAAAACGUAAAUGUUUGCAAGCAAAACCUAUAUUAGAGAAUGGACCCUAAGUCUGGCUCCUCAUCACCAGAACUUGCUACCCUCACCUGUGAAAACAGGGUUUUUGCACAUGCCUUUAUGAAAUGAGAGGAAAAUGUUGCUAAUGAGUACAUACUUCCAAUUAAGUCACUCCCCUCAGUGAAAGAACAUUUAGAAAAGAAAAGAUAAACCUCGCUCCACUUCUGCCAUCAGAGAUCAUAAUUAUUCAGAGGAGAGAUGUGUAUGUGUUCUGGGCAGAUUGCUGGGACGUUAUCCAGCACCUUAUUGUUGAGAAUGCUGCUCUUUACAAGUGACAAAGCUGGGAUUUUCCAGUUGUCAGUCCAGUUGGAACAUCUCAGUUUUCAUCUUCACCUGGGGCAGGGGGCCCAUCCAGUAAAUGUGUCAUUUGAGACAAGGUUUCCAAUUGUGUUUACAUGUGAAGAGCUGUGGAAAGAGGACUGUUCUGUUUCAAAUGGACUGUGUUGUUUGUACAUAUGUGAUCUUCUGUGCUGAGAUAAACCCUAUCUCCAUUAGACUGUGCAAUGUUUUCUUUGUACAUUUCUUAAAAUAAAAUCUGUAAAUGAGCAACUAUUAUA